CCGAAGGUGCCGUAUGGAGGCCUAAAGAACCUAGGGGCCACCUGCUAUAUGAACAGCAUGCUGCAGUGCCUUUACUUCAACAAAGAGUUCCGGCGCAACAUCAUGGGGCUUUCUCAGGAUGAGUUUCCAGAGAGCGUCCGGAGCUGCCUGCCAUUGCAAGAACUGCAGAAGCUCUUCGCGAACCUCGAGAUCUCUUGCGCGAGGUCGUUUGACACCACUCCCUUCGCCAAGUCCCUGCGGUUGGAUUGUUCCGUGCAGCAGGAUGCGCAGGAGUUCCUGAAGCUGCUGCUGAGCUUCCUCGAGCAAACACUGGCGCAGAGCAGCGUGCCAGAAGAGGCAAAGGCGUUCAUUCAGGAUGAUUUCAGGGGGACGUACUCAUACUGCACCAAAUGCUCGGUCUGUGGAUACACGUCAAGGCCCGAGGUCUCGUUCUACGACCUGGACCUGAAGGUGCAAGGGAUCUCGACGCUAGAGGAGAGCCUUGACGAUUUCAUCAAGAAGGAGGACCUGGAUGGGGAGAACAUGUACCAGUGUCAGCAUUGCAACAUCAAGGUGAAGGCGCAAAGAGGGAUCGAGCUGAUCUCUUUACCUCGCGUGCUCAACCUGCAGCUGCUGCGGUUCGUGUACGAUAUCAAGUCAGGGAACCGGCGCAAGGUAAGCUCUCAGAUCUCCUUCCCGAAGGUUCUAGAUCUCUCGAAUUGGUGCGGACAAGCCAAGAAUGGCAAGGAGAUGGGAGCACACUGCUCAGAGAAUCCCUACUUGUACGAGCUUCAGUGCGUGAUUGUCCACACUGGCUCCAGCGCUGUGCAGGGUCACUACAUCGCGCACGUGAAAGAGAAUGUGGACGGGAAAUGGUGGAGGUUCGAUGAUGACGUGGUAACGACUCUGGACGAUGAC